UGUAGGAACAUUGAACAGUAUUGCAAAUUUUAUUAUUGUGAGCUAUAACGUUGACGGUGUGUGAGUUAAUAAUUAAAAUGGCGAAUUGAGAACUGUAUUCUUGAGUGUUUUGUAAUAAUUCUCUGAAAUAUUGAUAGAAGACUUGAAAAAGUCGUUUUUAUACACAGUGUUACUUAUUGAGCUAACUUUAACAUGCGUUCGGUAGUAGAAAUUGGGGCGAGUGUGCCUGCUUUUCUAGGAAAAUUAUGGAAACUGGUGAAUGAUACGGAGACGAAUCAUCUGAUUUCUUGGAGCCCUGGUGGGAAAACAUUUGUUAUAAAAAACCAGGCAGAUUUUGCAAGGGAGCUUCUUCCUUUGUACUACAAACAUAACAAUAUGGCGAGCUUCAUUAGGCAAUUGAAUAUGUACGGAUUUCAUAAAAUAACUUCCGUGGAAAAUGGUGGUUUGCGAUAUGAAAAAGAUGAAAUUGAAUUUUCUCACCCCUGCUUUAUGAAAGGUCAUGCAUAUUUAUUGGAACACAUAAAACGGAAAAUUGCCAAUCCAAAAUCACUUGUUGCUAGCAAUGAAAAUGGUGAAAAAGUUCUUAUGAAGCCAGAAAUAAUGAACAAAGUGCUAUCUGAUGUAAAACAAAUGAAAGGCAAACAAGAGUCUCUUGAUGCUAAAUUCAGUGCAAUGAAGCAGGAAAAUGAAGCUUUAUGGAGAGAAGUGGCAAUUUUGAGGCAAAAACACAUUAAACAGCAGCAAAUUGUAAACAAUCUUAUCCAAUUCCUGAUGUCACUUGUACAACCACCUAGAGCAUCUCCUCAAACUAAGAAUGCUUGUGGUGUAAAGAGGCCCUACCAGUUGAUGAUAAACAAUGCUGCGCAUAACUCUGCAACAGAUUCUUCUUACCCAGGAAAACUAAAGAACUUGAAACUAGACAAAGAAAGUAUAAUGGAUGAAUUGAGUGAAGAUAAUCUAGAGGAUGGACCCACUAUUCAUGAAUUGGCACAUGAUGACAUGUUACACAAUGAUGGCACCCAGGACUCAAUAAAUGAAUCAGAUUUUAUUACUGUUGAUAUGCCUAAUAUGUCCAAUGCUAUGAAUAGCCACAGCCCAACUGAUCCUUCUACAUCCAUUUAUCAUGUCACUAUGGAAGAUGGGGAUGAUGCAGAUGCAGGUGUGACCCGGUUAGUAUACCCAGUAACCCCAAGAAAUGGUAUGCAGAGGGCAAAUGACACCAUACCAAUCAUAACAUCCGCUUCACCAACAUCAGUCACUCCAGUAAUAAACCAACCAACAACAGCUGAAGCAGCUGUGAGCAAUGCGAUGGGAUCACCACAUAUUGUUGUUAAAAUUGAAGGACAAGUGCCAUCGAAAUCAAAAGGUCGCAACCAAUCUGUCAACAAGGGUGCUACAACAUCAACUGGAAAAACGAUUCUUACUGGAAAUUACAACUCAUUGAAUCCAUCAGCUGAUCUGAAACUCCCAGCAGAAAUUUUUGCAAGUGAUGAUUCUGUCAGUGAUACUGGAGCUACUGCUGCUGAUGACAUAAGCAUGCAAAAUGCAUUGCAAGAUCUAGUGGAUGAGUCUCUUUUACCAGCAUCUAAAGACAAAAUGCUAGGUGGCAUAAACAUUAAGAUAGAAGGGGCUGGAGAAACAUCAAACUCUAACAAAAAAUCAAAGAAGGGCACCAAAAGCAAUGAGAACACAUUGAAUCUUGCUGACAUCAAAACUGAACUCCAGGAUGAUUUUGAUUGGAACACCAUGACCUUAGCUACUGUAAACAACAAUACUAACAAAUUCCAGACAAGGAAUAGGAGAGAUAACCUCAGCAAAAAUCGGGAGGAAUAUUCUUCCCUCUAUGGAACAAAUUCAAACAAGAAUGAUAUUGAUGACCAUUUGGAUGCAAUGCAGACAGACCUUGAAUCUUUAAGAGAGCUACUGCGAAGCGAUAGCUAUACAUUUGACACCAACACAUUAUUGGGGCUAUUUGGUUCCGAUGAUCCAUUCUACGGGCUGCCAUAUAACUCGAUGGAUGACAGGGCGAAAACUACCAACAAUGUUGAAGGCAAUCAGCUAAUCUCGUAUACAGGGAAUAUUCCAGACUUUGAGGAUAUAAACAUGCCAGAUCUGGAGUGUGAUAACUCUCAGGAUCCGUGCGUGUCGUCCUCUCCCAGCAGUUCGACGCUGAACACGCCACAGAUGCAGGUUCGUUCGCCUUCUUUUUCUCUGAAACCAUGAGGAAAGCCUAAAAGACGACGGCACAAGAAGAAGCGCUCGUCUAGCAAGUGAACGUUUUAGUACAUCACUUUGAUAAUACAUCGCGUGGACUGAGUUCUAUAACUGAUUAGUGUAGUCUAAACAUGUAACUGAGGAAGAAUACGAAACAAGUAAUUUAUAAAAUUACUUAUAGUCCAGUUUUUGUUGAUUGAGUUGUCAAAAGUAAUUAACUUUCAUUUGCUGUAUCUUUUCCAUACUUAUAGUACCUAUAAAGCAAUGAUUUCCAUUACCAAUUUCAAAUGUUGAUAACAUGAUUUUAAGUUUUGAAAAAUAAUCUAAUGCAGAAUUUAACCAAAAAUACUAGGUAGGUGUAAGCUCUUAUUCUUUUGUCUAUUUAAUAUUUUCCACCCAGUGCAAUAACGAGUUGCGAGCAAAAGCUAAUGUUACAUAUAUACUGUAGUAGCCGCAUAUUUAUUAAGGUAUCGAGCUUCAAAGUCUAUUUCUUUUGUCAUAAAUGAUAUCAGUGUAAUAUAUUCACAGUACAUACAAAUAUAUUUUUUAUAAAAAUUGACUAAUGAGAAAUUUGUGAUUACUUGUAUAAGCUCGCAUGAUGAACAAUAAAUAAAAUAAUUUGUUUUGUUUGUAGUAGAUAAACUUUUGUAUAUGACCACUUUGUAAAGUAAUAUAAUAGUGAUAACAUGUAAGUAUGUUUAUCGAGUGACUGAGGUUCUUUGCACUUUAAAAUAAUUAAUAAGACAAAGUUAAUGGAAGUCGUCCCAAACUAAAAUAUGGAUAAACAGCAUGCGUUUGUCGCUAUAAUUGCUUGGUGCCUUAUGAAGGAUAAUAGUUACAGUGAUUUAAAUUGAAAUAUAAACAACACCAUGGCAUAGAUUUUGUUCGAAUAUUAUGUAGGUAAUAGAAAAUACCAUAAGAGUGAUAUAAAUUUUGUUUGACAAAACUUAAUUAAAUGGAUCUCAGAUGGUGAUAUGGAUGUCCUAUAGAAUUGAGGUCAAGGCGUACUGUACCGACUUUGUUACACCUCGACGAUUAACAUAUUUCUAUUUGGUCAUUAACUUAUAUCUAGGACGACAGAACAUCACAAAAUGCUAGACGCCGCCUUCCUUACUGUUAGUCUUAUAUCUUUGUAUGUAUCUUUCUUCUUAUUUACUCAGAGCAUAACAAUGCUAUAUAAAUGGAGCCAUUAUAAAAACUCUCAGGUAAUUAAGCGAAUUGUGAGAUUUCACCUCGCGGUUUAGUUAGUUUCUUAGCAAUUAGUACUUAUUAGCUUAAACUCGGACCAAAGCUGCGAUUUAUAGAGGCCCGUACAGUAUGUCAUGAUCUUUAAACUCAUAUUUAGAGGUGACUAAAAAGUUUAAUCAACUUAAGCUACAAAAUUAUCAACUUAUUUCGAUGUGUCGUCGAUGUAUCACAACUUUUACUUUUUAUUGUGCCUGCAUAGGUAGGUACUGCUAGGUAAUCACACUAAAAUGUGUUUAUUUAUUUUGGUGCAAAAAAACCAAUUUUUGUUUAUAUUGUAUCUAAUUUAAAUAGCAGUAUGACUGCCUUUGUUGAAAUUUGCACAGGGAUAUUUAAAAAAUAUUUACCAAAAUUUAUGUAAAAAAGAUUUAAGAAUAAUUCGCUCAUUUGUACUAUAGAAAAUGUUAAUUCGUCAUUGUUGACAGGUUAUAUACUUUGUGUAUAUAAGAUAUAAGUAUAUAAUCAUUAUAAUUAUUAUAAUGUUAUGUAAGUCUUAAUUUUAGAGUGUUAUCAACCCUAACGCAAUCGUCAUCAGCAAAUUAGAAAGUAUUAUAAUAAACUUGCAUUUCCUCAUUUUUUCUCGCAUAAAAAUAUGUAUUUUGUAUUUAUAAAAGCCUAUUUCGAAAAGUAAUUGUAAAUCUGUAUAGAUAGCAGAGAUGCUUCAAGAAUUUGUAACUUCAAAUGGAAUCCUGUUACCCAUUCCGUCACUGUAACUAAGCCCUUUUGCAUAUAAAUAAGUAAUGCUACUUAGGUGUACACUGCAGAACUACAUAAAUAUAUUUACAAAAUAAUUUUAUUAUAGAACUGGUAUAUACAACCACAAUAGAUUUAGCAAUUAUUUUUAACUACAGCCAUUGUAUUAUAACAUUAAAAUAUGUUUAUGAACAAAUUCUGGUAAGAUUAAGGUAAAUCAAGUAUGUAAGAAUACAUUAUCUAUGUUUAAUAUAAGUUAUUUUUAAAUU